UGCGACAUAGUUCACGCGGAAAGUGUAUCUCUAAGGAAAGAGCAUCUGAAGCGGCAUGUGAAGAGCUUGCAUACCGAGGAUAAGCCACACGUUUUCCCGUAUCCGCAUUGCGAGAAGAGGUUUUGUCGGAGGGAUAAUUUGGGUCAGCAUGUGAGGAUUCAUCAGUAGGGCUUGUUGGGACGCGUUCGCUUCUUCUCUUGUCGGGCUUGGUUUCUAAUCGCAGCUUAUCCUUACUUUACAUCCUACUCUCCUCCACAACAUCACGCUCUUCCUG